UUUAUUACCCUCCAUUUAUAUAUAAUAUCUCAGCUCUCCCACUCAACUCAACCACUAUUCUAUACUGCAAAACAUGGAGAACGGAGCAUCAACCCGAUGGCGUUUUGGGGAAAACAAGUACUGCAACACCAACAUCGAAACGGCAGCCACCUUCACCGUUCGAGCUCUCCUCAACACUUUACUGGCUAAUCUUAACCAAAACGACACAAGACCCGUCAUUCCUUUGGGCCAUGGCGACCCCUCAGUCUUCCCCUGCUUUCGAACCACUUCUGCCGCCGUAGACGCAAUCGUUGAUGCUGUCCGCUCCGCCCACUACAAUUCCUAUUCAUCUACUGUUGGUAUUCUCCCGGCUAGAAGUGCAAUUGCAGAGUAUCUGAAUCGUGAUCUCCCAUACAAGUUAUCACCAGAUGAUGUUUUUCUAACAAUUGGAUGCACACAAGCCAUUGAAGUCAUUUUAACUGUCCUGGCCCAGCCUGGUGCCAACAUUUUGCUUCCAAGGCCUGGCUUCCCAUACUAUGAAGCCCGUGCAAAACAUAGCCAUCUCGAAGUUCGCCAUUUUGAUCUUCUCCCGGAAAAGGGUUGGGAGGUUGAUCUUGAUGCAGUGGAAGCUCUUGCUGAUGAGAAUACUCUUGCCUUGGUUAUCAUAAACCCUGGCAAUCCUUGUGGAAAUAUCUAUUCUUACCAGCACCUGCAGAAGAUUGCAGAGACAGCGAGAAAGCUUGGGAUUAUGGUAAUUGCUGAUGAAGUCUAUGCCCAUCUCUCAUUUGGGAAAAACCCUUUUGUCCCAAUGGGAGUUUUUGGAUCAAUUGCACCUGUCUUUACACUUGGAUCUAUAUCCAAGAGAUGGAUAGUUCCUGGUUGGCGUCUUGGUUGGAUUGUCACAAGUGAUCCCAAUGGCAUCUUUCAAAAAUCAGGGAUCGUUGAUUCCAUUAAGGACUUUCUUAAUAUUUCCUCUGAUCCUGCAACCUUCAUUCAGGGAGCGGUUCCUCAAAUACUUGAGAAUACAGGGGAAGAUUUUUUUGCAAAAACCAUCGACUUACUAAGGGUGACAGCAGACAUAUGCUAUGAUAGAAUUAAGGAGAUUCCUUGCUUAACCUGCCCAAACAAACCAGAUGGAUCUAUGUUUGUCAUGGUGAAGCUGAACACAUCACUGUUGGAAGACAUAAAAGAUGACAUGGAAUUCUGUCUCAAGCUUUCUAGAGAGGAAUCAGUCAUUGUUCUACCCGGGAUAGCAGUAGGAAUGAAAAAUUGGCUCCGGGUAACUUUUGCCAUUGAACCUAGCGUGCUUGAAGAGGGUCUUGAGAGAAUUAAAGCCUUCUAUAACAGGCAUGCCAAGAAGCAGUAAGAGCUGUGUCAAGAUACAAGCUGGAGUUUGGUGAUCCACAACAGCUCGUUGAUCCCUUGCUCUGUUGCAGUGCUGGAUUCCUCUUAUACGUAUGGAAUAAAGUACCCUCUUAGCAGGGUGGGUGGUGAGCAGCAACUUCGUGUUGCAUCUCAGUGUUUAGGGUUUGCUUUCUUGUUUUCAGUUCACAGAAAAAGUGUUGUUCGAUUGUUUUUAAGAAUUAAGAAUGUGCUUGACGCUGUUAAAUUAUUGAUCUUAUAAAAUGGAAUAUAUAAACCCCCCACCACAGUUUGCCUGCGCA